AUGACCAGUUUUGGCAAUGAACAGGUACUAUUUCAGAAGCCAAAACAUGGCUCGAAUGAGGUUGGGAAUAUGACGGUAACAGGAGAGUCUUUACUGAUGAUAAUGGCAGCGUCUGGAAUGCAUGAUGAGUAUUCAGAUUUAGAGGAUUCCAGUGAUGAUGUUAAUGUUAAUGUACAUGAUGAUGAUGAUGGUGAUGACGUUGUGGAGUCAGAACGACGCGAGUUGUUAGAUACAGAUAUUCCCAACUCUUCAAUCUACUCCCGUUAUGGAAUCGGGGCGAAAUUGUUAAUGAGAAUGGGGUACCAAGAAGGUAAAGGAUUAGGAUCUAAUCAAACAGGUAUCGUCAAUCCCAUUGAAUCAAUAGGAACAAAAGGCCGGUCAGGUGUAGGGUUUGAAAAUCCAAUGCGCGUUAAAGACCAAGCUGUAGCUGAUUUGAGCUUGGAUGCAAAGAAGGAUAGUUUUGGAAUCAAGUUGGAAAGAUUAAAAUCAAAGGUUUUUGAUGUGAUGUUUAAAUUGGAGAAAAUUGACGCACCAAUUCCCCAUCAGCUACAGAUCUGGUUGAGAGAUGUAAAAGAGGGAAAUGAGACUGACAUUGACUUGAUUGAAAAUAUCUAUAAACAGCUAAUCACAGUACUGGAAAAUUUAACCAUUUUUAAUCAAAGAGAAAAAUUGUUAGACUACGAGUUGCAGCAAGUGGAUGACAGCGAUAUAGACAGUCUCAUUCUACAGUUGUCCUCUACACGUGAUUUGGUGAAGCUGUGGUCAUUGUCCACUAAAAUUGAAAAUUUAUCUAUAGAUCAAGUAUUGGAGCAGUUGACAACACUGGAUAUGAAGGAUACAUAUAUCUCGGAAUCUGUGUUUUUGAGCAUAUUGAAGCCAAGGCUUGACAGGUUAUUAGGUGUUGAAUUGUCUUCAUUAGAAGAGCAAGAGAAGCUUGUUGUUCCAGCUCUUUGUGAUUUGUCGCAACUGUGUAGCAAGUUUACAAUUGACGCAGAUAAACUUUGUCAGUUUGAUUCGUUUUUGUUCAAGCAAUACUCCAAACAGAUUGUGGAGUUGUUGAAAAGAGGGCAAAAUUCAAAAGGGUUUGACGGUGAGGAAGUAGAAAUGGUGAUAACUACUGUACUAUCCUUAUGGAUGAGAAACCCGGUUUUUGUUAAUUCCAAAAUCGUGUUUGGCUUAUUAUUGAAAGAAAUAUUUAUAGAUCAUAUUAUGGCAAUGAUCAAUACCUGGGAUGUAGGAUCAAAGAACUUACUAAGUAUUACAGUGCAGGAUUAUUUGACUCUUUUUUCCAAUCCAGAUACUAUGAUGAGCUUGCAUAAGAUUUACGAAGCAUUUUGUUUGAAAAUCAGAAAGCAUAUUGAUUAUGAAAAUCCAAGCUCGGUGUGGUUUUGUCUAUCGCGGGACUACCACAGAAUUAUACCUCAAAUAAAGCUGAUACUUGAAAUAUGGAUACCAGAGAUAUCGCUUUAUGAACAAAAGCAAGGGGAGUCUCUUUUACGAUUAUUUGAGAAAUCUUUUGUCAACUGGAUUGCACAAAGUGAUUUGGACAAUGAACUGAUAUUUGAUAUUAUAUUUCUAAUCUGUGAAGUAACCGUUUCCAUGUGCGAGUCAACUUUAGCGAUAUUGAUGUAUAUGGUUUUCAAUACCUGGAUUGGAAAACUAAUACUGGUGUACAAUAGAAAUCCUCAAAAUGUGCCUGAAUGGUAUUCAAGGUGGUACAGUUACUUUUGUUCCAAAUGGAAUACAGUAGAUACAACAAUCCAGGAAAUAAUCUCUUGGUACUUGACAAAGGGGUUGACUAUAAUUCAGUCCAACUUUGAUGCUGCUGUAUGUGACGAGCUUCCGAUGCUUGGUGGACUUAGGCACCCUAAUACAGACCAAUUCUUUUUUAAGGAUACUAUCACCACUAACGCGCAUGGCAUACCAUUACAUCAACUCCUUACCACCUUCAAGGAUAUUGUUUUUGAGUAUUGCUCAAACAAAGAAAUCAUGGUCAAAAUUUUAAAGGACAAAGUCCAUCGAAAUAGCGGGUCUCAAAUCAUUGAAUUUAGUGCCAAUAGUAGGACUAUUUAUGGGUACAUUGACGAUGACGUGCUUUGGGUUUGUACUACAGAAGAAUUUGAAGACGGGGAAUACGAGCCAAUCUUGCUACCUCAAUUGGCUCGUAAUCUCCAUCUUUGA